GCAGAUCUCUGUCUCCUCUCUCUCUCGUAACUGUAUUCGAUGGCACCGAAGAAGGCAGAGGAAGUGGUCGACAAUCCUCCUACUUCCAGUGAAGAAGAGGAAUCUGGCUCAUCUGGAGAAGAAUCUGAGUCUUCUGCUGAAGUUUCGAAGAAAGACGAGUCUUCCAAGAAACCUGAAUCUGAUUCAGAAGGUGAAUAUGAAUCGGAGUCCGAAUCCGAUUCGGAGCCUGCUAAGACGAUGGAGCUGAUGCCUCUUGUGACCAAAGCAAUUCCAGAGAAAUCUGGAUCUGCCGCGACUGUACCUGAGAGUUCAACGGCUAAGCGUCCUUUGAAGGAACCUGUUUCUGAAGCUAUUAAGAAGCUCAAGACAUCGGAGACUGAGCAUGUGAAGAAGCCGGUAAAAAAUGAUGAGGUUAAGAAGAUUUCUGGAGAUGAUGCUAAGAAGAUGUUUCAGAGAUUGUUCAGCGAGGCUGAUGAAAUCGCUUUGCUUCAAGGUAUUAUUGAUUUCACUUCUACCAAAGGAGAUCCUUAUGAGGAUAUUGAUGCUUUUUGCAUUUAUGUUAAGAAGUUGAUCGAUUUCAAUGCUACCAAAAACCAAAUUGUUACCAAACUUCAGAGAUUGAAGAAGAAGUUUAAUAAUACUGUGAAGAAGUCUCUUAAGAAGGGAAAGAGUGAAGAUGAGAUUGAAUUUGCUAAAGAUAUUGAGCAGAAAGGCUUUGAAUUGUCGAGAAAGAUUUGGGGAAGCAGUGGUGUUUUGGCUUCUAAAUCAUCAAGGAAGAAAGUUGGAGGAACCCCUGCCCCGAAAGAGAUGAAGUUAGUAGCUCAUUCCUCUCCCAAGAAACAACAAGAAGAAGCGAAGAAACCGGAGAAAACAGAGACCAAGGUUGUGAACACAUCUCUCUCAAUUGGUAGAGAGAUUGCAUCGUUCUUCAAUGCAGAGAAUAAGAGCUCUUGUGGUUUGGAUGAAUCCACAAUAAGUGCGGUUUGGGCAAAGGUUGCGGAUGGAGCUGAGAAGAGAGAAGUGGAGGAAAAAUGGAAGAAGCUCAAGGCUAAGGAGUUUGAGCUAUGUUUGCAGAGGUCUGGACUCGUUUUGGCGUCGGGAGGAGUUGUUAAAGAGAUGGCGUCAUGGACUUCAUCCCAGUUCCUGUAUGAAGAAACCAAGCCAUGGGGUAUUCAGUUCUUGGAACGGUUUAAGCGUUCAGGAAGACUCUCCUUCAAGCAAUACCAAGCCCUUGUGUUUAUCUUGACCUUUGUCGCCUACGUCGCCUUCCAUGCUGCUCGAAAGCCCAAUAGCAUUGUCAAGGGAACGCUUUCCGCAUCAACAAUCAAAGGCGGUUGGGCUCCUUUUGAUGGACCCGAUGGACCAGCCUUGCUUGGGCAGAUCGACUUGGUUUUCCUCUCUGUCUAUGCGGUUGGGAUGUUUGUGGCAGGUCACUUGGGAGAUCGUUUGGAUCUCAGGACGUUUCUGACUAUCGGUAUGAUCGGGACCGGUCUUUUCACAGCUCUCUUUGGGGUCGCAUUCUGGGCAGAUUUCCACAGCUUCUACUAUUUCUUGGCGGUUCAGGUUAUGGCGGGGUGGUUUCAGUCGAUAGGUUGGCCUUGUGUCGUGGCCGUGCUCGGGAACUGGUUCGACAAGAAGAGAAGAGGAAUGGUUAUGGGUGUUUGGAGUGCUCACACUUCCCUCGGUAACAUCGCAGGGUCUCUGAUCGCAUCUGGACUGCUUAGAUAUGGGUGGGGUUGGUCAUUUCUUGGCCCGGCUUUGCUCAUGACUUUUCUUGGGAUCGUUGUUUACCUUUUCUUGCCGGUGAAUCCUCCAACCGUUGAGGCUGAGAGAGAUGGAACUGAAAUUGACUCCACCAUGAGGCUCGGUGACACCAUUACAGAGAGCUUCUUGGAAUCUAGAAUGAGUACUGGAUUCGAUAGAAAGGCAGUGGGGUUCAUGGCCGCUUGGAAAAUCCCCGGUGUUGCUCCUUUCGCCUUGUGCCUCUUCUUCACUAAGUUGGUCUCAUACACAUUCCUCUACUGGCUUCCUUUCUACGUCAGCCACAACAUGAUCGGAGGAGAGUACCUGUCUGAGGAGACAUCAGGAAACUUGUCGACAAUCUUCGAUGUUGGAGGCGUUGUUGGUGGAGUCUUAGCCGGAUACAUGUCUGAUCAACUCAACGGCAGAGCCAUGACAGCAGCAGGAUUCAUGUACUUGGCAAUCCCAGCUCUUUUCCUCUACAGAGUCUUGGGACAUAUCUCAUUGACCAUCAAUGUCAUCCUCAUGUUCAUAUCAGGAGUCUUCAUCAUUGGACCAUUUGCUCUCAUCACAACAGCUGUCUCAGCUGAUCUCGGAACACACAAAUCUCUCAAAGGCAAUGCUAGGGCUUUGGCUACAGUCACAGCUAUCAUAGACGGUACAGGAUCCGUCGGUGCUGCGAUUGGACCAGUCCUCACCGGUUACAUCUCUGCGAUUAGCUGGGACGCAGUGUUCUACAUGUUGAUGACUGCAGCUUUGAUCUCUGGAUUGUUGCUCACAAAACUAAUCAUAGCAGAAGUCAAGGCUCUAUUGUUUGGAUCAGAAGAAGAAGUAGCUGCAUCAUCAUCAUCACCAGCAUCCAGAGCUCCCAUUGAUGUCCUCCUUUGAGUUUUUUUUUUCCUUCAUGAUUUCUCAGUUUCUUUAACAAUUUCGCAAGAGAGAGACUUUUUAUCUAUUUAUUUUAAAGUUGGUUCCUUUUUUCCCAGUUGUCUUAAACAUGAUCAUGUCUUCAAUUUCUAAAGUUUGAAUGAGAAUUGAAUUACCUAAUUUGAUUGUCGAAUGUGAUUAAAUCAGCUAAAAGUGC